UUAGAUCAUGCCCUCGUCUUCGGUGGCGUCGCUUUCGGGAUCGCCGUUCCUGAGGUUUUCCUAAGUGCUUCCAGCGGGCGGAACGCUCUCAGCCCAGAUUUUGUCUGCAGCUGCUUAAGAAAAGAUGGCUGAUUUUAACCUCAAAGAAGUAACAUUAAUUAUAGGUGUGGUUACUGCCUGCUAUUGGAACAGCCUCUUCUGUGGUUUUGUUUUUGAUGAUGUUUCAGCAAUACUAGAUAAUAAAGACCUGCAUCCAUCUACACCUUUAAAGACUUUAUUUCAGAAUGACUUCUGGGGAACCCCCAUGUCUGAGGAGAGAAGCCACAAAUCUUAUCGUCCCUUCACAGUACUGACAUUUCGCUUAAAUUACCUGCUUAGUGAACUGAAGCCAAUGUCAUAUCAUCUUCUCAAUAUGAUUUUUCAUGCUGUGGUUAGUGUGAUAUUUCUUAAAGUCUGCAAACUUUUCCUGGACAACAGGAGCAGUAUGAUUGCUUCUUUACUUUUUGCAGUGCACCCAGUACACACAGAAGCAGUAACAGGUGUUGUCGGGAGAGCAGAACUUUUGUCAUCUAUCUUUUUUUUAGCUGCAUUUUUGUCGUACACCAAAUCAAAAGGACCCAAUAAUUCUAUAGUGUGGCCCCCAAUUGCUUUGACAGUGUUUUUAGUGGCUGUUGCAACACUGUGUAAAGAACAAGGAAUAACAGUUGUAGGAAUUUGCUGUGUAUAUGAAGUAUUUAUUGCCCAGGGGUAUACUUUGCCAUUAUUGUGUACUACUGCUGGACAGUUUCUCCGUGGGAAGGGUAGUAUUCCAUUUUCUAUGCUGCAGACAGUAAUAAAACUUAUUGUUUUGAUGUUCAGUACACUAUUACUUGUUGUGAUUAGAGUCCAGGUUAUUCAGUCCCAACUUCCUGUGUUCACCAGGUUUGAUAAUCCAGCAGCUGUGAGCCCAACUCCUACAAGACAGCUUACAUUUAACUACCUCCUUCCUGUAAAUGCUUGGCUUCUAUUAAAUCCUUCAGAGCUGUGCUGCGAUUGGACCAUGGGAACGAUACCUCUGAUAGAGUCAUUUCUAGAUGUUCGAAAUCUUGCCACAUUUACUUUCUUUUGCUUAUUGGGAACUUUGGGAGUGUUCAGUCUUAGAUAUCCAGGUGAUUCCUCUAAGACUGUUUUAAUGGCACUUUGUUUAAUGACGUUACCAUUUAUACCUGCAUCAAACCUUUUUUUUCCAGUUGGAUUUGUUGUUGCUGAGCGAGUAUUAUAUGUUCCUAGCAUGGGGUUCUGUAUUUUGGUAGCCCAUGGAUGGCAGAAAAUAUCAAACAAAAGUGUAUUAAAAAAGUUAUCCUGGGUUUUCCUUUCUGUGGUGAUAUUCACUCAUGCCUUAAAAACACUCCAUAGAAACUGGGAUUGGGAGUCUGAAUAUACAUUGUUCAUGUCAGCCUUGAAGGUAAAUAAAAAUAAUGCAAAAUUAUGGAAUAAUGUUGGUCAUGCUCUGGAAAAUGAAAAGAACUUUGAGAGAGCUUUGAAAUACUUUUUACAGGCUACCCAUGUUCAGCCAGAUGAUAUAGGUGCCCACAUGAAUGUAGGAAGAACUUAUAAAAAUUUAAAUAGAACCAAAGAAGCAGAAGAAUCUUACAUGAUGGCUAAGUCACUGAUGCCUCAAAUUAUUCCUGGUAAAAAAUAUGCAGCCAGAAUUGCCCCUAACCACUUAAAUGUAUAUAUCAAUCUGGCAAACCUCAUCCGUGCAAAUGAGUCUCGAUUAGAAGAAGCAGAUCAGCUGUACCGGCAAGCAAUAAGCAUGAGACCUGACUUCAAACAGGCUUACAUUAGCAGAGGAGAAUUGCUUUUAAAAAUGAAUAAACCUCUUAAAGCAAAAGAAGCAUACCUUAAAGCACUUGAAUUGGAUAGAAGCAAUGCAGAUCUUUGGUACAAUUUGGCAAUUGUUUAUAUUGAACUUAAAGAACCAAAUGAAGCCCUAAGAAAUUUCAAUCAUGCUUUAGAACUAAAUCCGAAGCAUAAGCUAGCAUUAUUUAAUUCUGCUAUAUUAAUGCAAGAAUCAGGUGAUGCUAAAUUCAGACCUGAAGCUAGAAAACGACUUCUAAGCUAUAUAAAUGAAGAACCGCAAGAUGCAAAUGGUUAUUUCAAUCUGGGAAUGCUUGCCAUGGAUGACAAAAAGGAUACUGAAGCAGAGAUGUGGAUGAAAAAAGCCAUAAAAUUACAAGCUGAUUUCAGAAGUGCUUUGUUUAAUUUGGCUCUCCUAUAUUCUCAGACUUCAAAGGAAUUAAUGGCUUUACCAAUUUUGGAAGAGUUACUCAGAUACUAUCCUGAUCAUAUCAAGGGUCUUAUUUUAAAGGGAGACAUUUUGAUGAAUCAAAAGAAAGAUAUAUCUGGGGCCAAAAAAUGUUUUGAAAAGAUUUUAGAGAUGGAUCCACGCAAUGUUCAAGGAAAACACAAUCUCUGUGUUGUUUAUUUUGAAGAGAAGGACCUGCUAAAAGCUGAAAGAUGCCUGGUUGAAACAUUGGCGUUGGCACCACAUGAAGAAUACAUUCAGCGCCAUUUGAAUAUAGUCAGGGAUAAGAUUUCCUCAGCUAGUUUUGUAGAACAGCAGGUACUCCCAGCUGAAGAGACUUUAGGUGCAGCUGGAGACCAAAUCUCUGAAAAUCAUGUAAAAGAAAUCAAAAGUGAUUCCAAAUCUACACAGACCAUAAAAACAAAUGAAAAUAAAAGUCAACCUAAAUCCCAAAAACAAUUAGGAAAAAACACAGACAAAGAGAUCCCUCAGAAAACAACAAAAGAAAUAAAAGAAAUUGAGAAAAAAAGAGUUGCUGCUUUAAAAAGACUGGAAGAGAUUGAACGUAUUUUAAAUGGUGAAUAGCAUUGUGCUUCAUUUCAUCAUGUGACAUUACUUUUUGAAGAACUUCAGUCUGUAUUAUGUGGUUUCUUGUAAUGGAAGCUUUGAAAAAUAACAAGGACAUACAACAGU